GGGGCAGUGACGCGGCGGGCGCAGCUGGUGGUGGCGGGAGCGGGGGCUGCGCUCACGUUGCGGAGUGAGGCCUCGCCCGGGUACCUGCGCGCCGCCGCCCCCACGCCGCCGCCCCCACGCCGUCUCCCCCGGCGGCGCGCAGCCCGGGCGGUCCCUCUCGGUCGCCGACCGAGCGUGCAGAGCGGGCCCCGUCCGCUGAGUACGGCCCUCGCGGUCUCCUCGGGGUUGUCCCGCUCCGUGACCCCGGAACGGGGAAGGCCGGGGGCCGGGACAGGCCGGCACGCUGCGGGCUGCUGCGGGCGGCGGGGCGGCGGGGCCGCCGGUGCUGAGCCUCCGGGUGCGGGUCUCGGGUCGCCCGGCUCUCAGCCCCGUGCGGUCCGCUCCCGCGUCUGCGUCCGCGAGGCCGCGGUGCCGCCCGGCCCGGUGCUUUUCCGCCUGCCGGGGGCCGGGCGCUGAGAGGGGUGGGCAUGGCCAGCGUCCCGCAGCUGUUGGACGACCUGUGCGAGGCCCUCCUGCCGGCCGCGAAGGCUCCCCUGGGCCAGCGCGGCGCGAGCCGGCAGAGGGCAAAGCAGAGCCUCAAGAGGGUGGCCUACAGUGCCCUCUUCACGGGCCUCUUCCAAGACGAGACUCGGAGACUGCAGCCUGAUCUCGCGAAGCUCCCCGUGAAGAACAAGGUCCUCAUGCUGUCCUUCGACUUGAGAGUGGGCGGUCUGGGCCCCGAGGCCGACCGUCUGGAGGAGCUGGUGGAGGAGCUCCUCGCGGCCGCUCGCGGUCCGCUGCUGGAGGUGGGGUCUGUUUUGGACCUCCUGGUGCAGCUGGCAGGGAGCGGCCCCCCUCAAGUGCUGCGGCGCAAGAGGGACUACUUCUGGAACAACAGGCAUGUGGGGCGAAAGGUGCCCUACGGCGGCUACGACUGCUACGACCUGAGUGUGUGUGAGUUGGACGUCCAGUCCUUGAUCUCCAGGGAGGAGUACUUAUGUCAGGACAUGAUCCAGAAGGCGCUUCAGGUGAUGGAGGCGGCCCCAGGCACCGGCCUGCCCACCACGGGGCUCUUCUCCUAUGGGGAUCCUUGCAGUGACAGGUUUGAGAGAGACACCCGGGUCUCGCUCUUCGGCGCCCUUGUGCACAGCCGCACAUACGACAUGGACGUGCGGCUGGACCUGCCCCCGGUGCCGGACAGUGCGGACCUCUUUGGACUGGCCAUUAAGGUUCCUCAGAGUGUGGAUCAGUCUGAUGAUGAAGGGUUCCAGUCGGCAUCUAAUUUGACUCCUGACUCCCAGUCUGAACCAGGCAUGACUCCAGACAUCGACCUAUGGGACGCUGUGCUCACCUACGAGGCCAGCAAGCGGAGGUGCUGGGAGCAAGUUGGAUGCGCCCCCGGCCACAGAGAGGAGCCCUACCUCACCGAGGCCGGCAGGGACGCCUUCGACAGGUUCUGCAGGCUCCGCCACGGGGAGCUGCAGGUGCUUGGCGGGGGUCUGCUGCAGGCCCCACAGCUUGUCCUGGUCAAGGAGUGUGAGCUGGUGAAGGAUGCGCUGAACGUCCUGAUCGGGGUCGCGUCGGCCACGUUUUCCCUCUGCCAGCCGGCCCAGACCUUCACGGUGAAGCGAGGUGUCCACGUGUCCGGAGCCUCUCCCGAGAGUGUCAGCAGCCUCCUCGCCGAGGUGGCCGUGUGCGGGACGCAUUACGCACGUCUGAGCCAGUUCUCUCUGCAGCCUGUGCUGGACUCCUCGUGUGGCAAGGGCCUCGUGUUCCAGGCCUUCACCAGCGGCCUGAGGAGGUACCUGCGGUACUACCGGGCCUGCGUCCUCUCCACACCGCCCACCCUGAGCCUCCUCACCAUUGGCUUUCUCUUCAAGAAACUGGGCCGGCAGCUCAGGUACCUGGCCGAGCUCUGUGGCGUGGGCGCUGCGCUCCCAGGUAGCAGCAGCGGGGAGCCCGGGGCCACCUUCCCCACCGGGGUGAAGCUGCUCUCCUACCUGUAUCAGGAAGCUCUGGAUAACUGCAGCAACGAACACUACCCCGUGCUCCUGUCCCUGCUGAAGACCAGCUGCGAGCCCUACACGAGGUUCAUCCACGACUGGGUGUACAGUGGCGUCUUCAGAGAUGUCUGCGGCGAGUUCAUGAUCCAGGUGAACCACGAGUACUUGGGCUUCAGAGAUAAGUUUUACUGGACCCACGGCUACGUGCUCAUUUCCAAAGAGGUGGAGGACUGCGUGCCCGUGUUCUUGAAGCACAUCGCCCAUGACGUGUAUGUCUGCGGGAAGACCAUCAACUUGCUGAAAGUCUGCUGCCCCCAGCAUUACCUCUGCUGCUCUGAUGUCCCCGUCCCUCGGAUCUCGGUGAUCUUCUCCCCUGAGGAGCUGAAGGAGGUCGAGAAGGACUGUGCCAUCUAUGUGGGGCGGAUGGAGAGGGUGGCACGCCACAGCUCUAUCAGCAAGGAGGAGAAGGAAUUACGAAUGGAAAUUGCAAAGCAAGAAUUGAUUGUCCAGGCUCGGGAAGCAGCAUCCAGAGUCCUGCAAGCCCUCAGUGAUCGGCAGACCUCGGAACGCAUGGCCUUGGACGCCCGGAAGCGAGAACAGUUUCAGAGGCUGAAGGAGCAGUUUGUGCAGGACCAGGAGCGGCGCCGGGCAGCUCGGCAGGAGGCCCUGGAUGACGACGUCGGCCCCGCGCGAGAGCUCUGCGACAGGGAGAGGCGGCUGAGGGUCCUGGAGGAGCAGCUGGAGAGGAAGGCGAGGCAGGCGCUAGUUGACCAUUAUAGCAAGUUGUCGGCAGAAGCAGCUUGCCGAGAGCAGAAGGCGCUGUGGAAGAUCCAGAGGCACCGACUGGCAAGUGCACGGCUUCGUUUCCUCGUAGAAGAUCAGAAGCACAUUCAGGGGAUGCUGAAGGACGUGUCCGAAGGGAAGGCCCCGGAGCCACUGGCCGUCCUCCCUGCCGCCGGCUCCCAGACUUUGUCUUCGGGCCAUGAGCACCCUGCCGGCGGCAGCAGCUCCGACUCCAGGUGUGCAGAGCCGCAGCAUGUGGCUGCCUGGGACUGGCUGAACUCGCGGACGCCGGAGCAAGUCAGGCCGCCAGCUGCAGGGGCCCACGGCUCAGCGCCAGGAUCUGAGCUGCAGCCGGGGCCAGGGGACAGGCCGGGGCCGUUCUCUGAGGGCCUCAGCAUCCAAGACUUCCUGCCCAGAGCCCGGGAGGCCGAGCCGCCUGCGCAUGCUGGCGUGACCCCUGUCCUGGAGGAGGCGUUACAAACCAUCGGCUCUGACCUGCCUCCCUCGGCUCCAUCCGAUGUGGUGGCCACAGGGCCUGCUGGGACACAGGAGUAUGAUUUCAGAACCAUCCUGAGGCCUGCUGUAGCCCCCUUGGCUUCCCCAGGGUCCCUGCAGACUAUAGGAGGUGGCUCGAGCAAUGAGGGGCAGCAGCUAUGGCGGGACAGUGUCACACAGCCAGGGAACACAGGUGUCCCAGAUAGACACGUGGCUCUGCUUCACCCCCACCCCGCUGGGCACACCGUCCCCCAGGAGGGGAGCAGUCAGGCCAUGGAGCAGCUCCUUGAGCAUGUAUCAGAAGGCAGCGUUCCCAUAGGCGGCUGUACUUCUGGGAUGGCCCCCUCCCGACCGCGCUGGAACGUCCACGGACACGUGUCUGACGCCAGCAUCAAGGUGGGGGAGAACGUGUGGGAUGUGGCCCCCUCCCGACCGCGGUGGAACGUCCACGGACACGUGUCUGAUGCCAGCAUCAAGGUGGGGGAGAACGUGUGGGAUGUGGCCCCCUCCCGACCGCGGUGGAACGUCCAUGGACACGUGUCUCAGUCCCACAUGGCACUGAGUGCACUUUCUGGGGAAGGCCAGCCCGAUAUGCCCAGGCCCUGCCAGAGCCUCACUGACCAGGUGUCCCGGUCAGGCCUCAGUCUGGGAGCACAGAGCCCUGUCUGUGAGCACGAGCCACAGAUGCCUACAGAAACGGCCUCAGACAGCGACUCUGCUCAGGUGGCUGGUUCCAGUGGUGGGGAGCCACAUGGCCUCCAGGCUUUGCCGUCCGCAGCGGCUCUAUCUGGGGACCUGGGUGAUGGUAUCCCCGAAGAGCCAGGACCGGUACCGAGUAGGGACACGGAGAACCUCUCUCCAAAUCACCCUCUAAGCUCACAGGACGACGUGGCGGCCCAGAGCAGCCCCGGCCUUGGUGAGGAGGCGGCCGCGGCCCAGCGCUGGGACCGGGAGCAGGCCUACCUAGCGGGUCUGGCAGAGCAGUACGGGCUGGAGCAGUACCCGGACAGCUACGAGGCCAUGUCAGAGCCUCCUGCCGCCCACCUGCUGCACCAUGGGCUUCCCCGGGCCUUCGCCCUCCCGGAGGACCCCCAUGUCCGAUCAGAUGCAGAUGAGACCGCGGUGCAGCUGAGCGAGCUGCUGCCGCUGCCGGUGCUCAUGAAGCACUCCAUCAGCGCCCCGCUGGCCGCUCACGUCUCGUUGGUGAACAAGGCCGCCGUGGACUACUUCUUCGUGGAGCUACGGCUGGAGGCGCACUUCGAGGCGCUGCGGCACUUCCUGCUCAUGGAGGACGGCGAGUUUGCACAGUCGCUCAGCGACCUGCUCUUUGAGAAGCUGGGGGCGGGCCAGACGCCCGGGGAGCUGCUCAACCCGCUGGUGCUCAACUCGGUGCUCAGCAAGGCCCUGCGGUACAGCCUGCACGGUGACACGCCGCUCGCCGCCAACCUCUCCUUCGCCCUCAAGUUCCUGCCCGAGGCCUUCGCCCCCAACGCGCCGGACGUGCUGAGCUGCCUGGAGCUCAGGUACAAGGUCGACUGGCCCCUGAACGUGGUGCUCACCGAGGGCUGCCUGAGCAGGUACAGCGGCAUCUUCUCCUUCCUGCUGCAGCUCAAGCUCAUGAUGUGGACGCUCAAGGACGUCUGCUUCCACCUGAAGCGCGCCGCUCUGGUGAGCCGCGCGGCCGGCUCCGUGCAGUUCCGCCAGCUGCAGCUCUUCAAGCACGAGAUGCAGCACUUUGUCAAGGUCACGCAGGGCUACAUCGCCAACCAGAUCCUGCACGUCACCUGGUGCGAGUUCCGGGCCCGGCUGGCGCAGGUGGGCGACCUCGAGGACAUCCAGCGCGCGCACGCCGAGUACCUGCACAAGGCCGUGUUCCGGGGCCUGCUGACCGAGAAGGCCGCGCCGGUCAUGAACGUCAUCCACAGCAUCUUCAGCCUCGUGCUCAAGUUCCGCAGCCAGCUCAUCUCGCAGCCCUGGGUCCCCGCCGGCGGCCCCCGCGGCGCGCAGCACCCCAACUUCGCUCUCAUGCAGCAGUCCUACAGCACCUUUAAGUACUACUCCCACUUCCUCUUUAAAGUGGUGACCAAGCUGGUGAACCGAGGCUACCAGCCGCACCUGGAGGACUUCCUGCUGCGCAUCAACUUCAACAACUACUAUCAGGACGCCUGAGGCUGCCGACACAGUUCACUGACCAACGCCGAGGCACCGGCCCCCACUCACCAGUCAGGUGCAUGGUCUCCAGGAGCCUGGCCACCAGCGCCUCGUCGUCGGGCAGCUCCGUGCGCACCAGGCCCAGCUUCCUGCGCAUCUUCUGCAGGUAGUGGCAGCGGAACUCGGUGUCGAACUCCUCGGCCAGGAUGGCCUCCCCCUGCUCGCGGGGCAGCUCGGGCUCCAGCGCCUCUGCCAGCUUCUGCAGGUUCCACUUGCAGACCUCGGGCUGCUUGCUGUACGCGUAGCGCCCGGUGUUGUCCGAGGCAUUGCACACGUGGUUGGGGUCAUACCUGCCACAAGGGACAAGGGGACCACCGAGGGGGUGAGGCAGGCCUCUUCUGCGGGGCCACUGCCGCCCUGCCCCACUGGGCUGCUGGCCCGCGGCUCAGGUCCAGAUGCCGCAGCCACAGACGCCCACCCGCCCAGUCAGCAGCAGAGCGGCACGGCCUCCGCCUGCUCACCGCCUCCUCCUGCUCGGGCCCCCCGGGGCCAUUUCCCGUCUCGGAACCUUCCAGGGGAUUUCUGCCGCUGGGAAGAGCUGACCCAGCAUUUCCAAACAACAGGGAGAACAGCAGCCCCGCACCUGCAGGCCACCCCCAGUGGCCUUUCGGCUCACCUGUCCAGGAAGCCGAAGGGCCCGUAGUCGAUGGUGAGCCCCACGAUGCUCAUGUUGUCCGUGUUGAGCACGCCGUGGCAGAAGCCCACACACUGCCACUCUGCCACCAUCCGGGCCGUGCGGCGGGUCACCUGAAACAGGACAGAUGCACGGUGCCCCCUGCCCCGCCCCCCCCUCCCCAAGGACAGCUCUGCGGCCGAAGACUCCUCCCAUGGCUCUGCCCUCCGGGUGCACACUCAGCCCUGAGAGGGAAAAGCACACGUGUGGGCUCUUAUUUCCACUUACCCCGUCUGUCUCUUUCAUAAUUUGGGCUUUUAUCCAUGAAACCAAAAACACCCGGAAGCCUUGACCAUCCCCACCACUCUGGCCCGGGAGGAUAACUGGGUGCAAACCGAGCCAGCAAAACCUGCGCUGGGUCCAGGCUGCUACACCCGGGGCCCCACUGGGACUGUCUGUGAGUCCCACCAGCACCCAGGCUCCCCCGCAGCGGGGUCCUCCCCCACCCCGUUUUCCUGCUGGGCCUGGCGGGGGCACACAGCACCUCCAGUGCCACGGAGACAGUGAUCCUUGGGUGUGUCCAAGAACCCCGACCCUCCAGGCAGCAUUCCCAAGAAGUCAGUUCUGCUCAACGCUCACGAAAGGUGACAGGCUUUGGGACAGGGGAGGGACUCAGAAGGGCAGGGACAUCAAGAGAGAACCUCUGUCCAUCCGCCAGGCAGACCGAGUCACACCAGCAGGCGGGACGCGGGUGCGCAGCCACCCGUACCUCCCGGAAGAAGGCGGCGUUCCUCUGAGCGCGGUCCUCGGCGUGCGCCGCCUGGAUCUCGGGAUAAAACGAGCUGAUCACAUAGUCGAGCAUUUGCGCUCGGAUGUCGUUUCUCCCCACGCUGGGGCCCUCGCGCCCUGUGUGCUCAUCUGCGGACUUAAAGAUCUCAAAGGAUCCGAACCUGGAGGAAGACCCGCGUUUGUACCGGGUUCAGCACGGCUCCAGCCUCCUGGGAUAGAAGCCUGCCGCUACGCCUUGUGGCCAAGGCCAGGAAGAACACCCAGAUUAAAACAAAACCAAGAAAAGCACAACUCGUCUUUGAGUGACACACGCAUUCUGCUUUUGGCCAACACCAUGUGUGCCUCUGUGGGAGGCCCAGGGAGGCACGACCGGCUCGGGACCAGCAGGGCUCUGCGCUCGUCCCCCUACCCCAAGGACAGCGUCGGUGACUGGCGUCCUACCAGUCCCAAGCGGGGUCAGCUCUACAACCGAGGGCUCGUGUCACGCAGGGGACGGAGGCAGUGUCCGGAGACACUUCUGGCUUGAACGACCACCAUGACCGUUGGCGGGCACGGGGUUGGCCCCACAGUGCUCGCCACCUCCGCCCACUCACUGGUCAGACUGCCGGGAGCGCCCCUCAGGGAGGUGGCCCUGGUCUCCUGGGGGGAGGCGGAUGACCACCCAGGCUCUUCUAAGCCCCGGAGGACAAAAGACAAAGCCAGGCGCUCAGGCUCAUGCACCGCAGGAAUGGCCCCCAGCACACGGGGUCUGUCCGGCUCCGCCGGAGGGGACCAGAAGACGUCACAGCCGUUUGCCGACAGCCGUGGGUUCCAGUGGUCAGAACCGGGGGAGGCCAGGUGGCACGCUGACAUCAGGGAGGAGGAGCAGGGACCGUGGCUGAGGACGGGGGUGUGAGCAAGGAUGGCCCCGCGGACGGGGCACAGCAGGCGUGGCUCCUGACACCUAACAAGGCCACUUUCUGGGUGACUUCCGUGUCCUUCUGGGUCCCAGAGCCCUGCGUCUGGGCGGCCCCUCUUUUGCCGGCCUGAGACCAUCCCCUUCACUGGUGCUCCAGAGACACGGGCCGCCUCUCUGCCACCUCCUCUCUCCUGGGGGCAACGGGGGCCCGAGCAGCCAUCCACACGCAGGACAGGGCUCCCGACCCAGGAAACGCCCGGUGCCUUUGCACCCCGCCUCCCCCGCAGCAGGAGCCCAGCGGGGGAUGGGCUCCGCGCACGUCCCUGCGGCGCACCCGCGCCGGCCUGCGCGCCGAGGCCACCUGACAAGCAAGGUGCGGCCGCCCACGGAGGGCAGCAGUAUUACCUCAGGAAAGUGGAAGCUAUCCGCAGCACGACCGUGCACUUCUCAUACUUGGGAUUGCCAUCGUAGAACACGUCUCGGGCGACCACGGACUGGGACGUGACGCAGGCCCCGGCCCGUGUGGUGGGGAUGCCCAGGUGGAACAUAGCUUCGCUGCACAGGAACUCGCGGAUGCUCGACCGCAGGACCUUGCGGCCGUCGGCCUGUCUGAAAUCACACAGCCGCGGCGGUCAGGCAGCUGUCCGGGCCACGCCCAGGCUCCAGCAGCAAGCGGCGGGCUCGGCCGUCAUCGACAAAGAUCUCCAGGUCCGAUGGCUCCCGAUACCGAGAGGCCCCGACCACGGCCCCUGAUCCGGCAGCCGGGGCCUAGCCCGCGGAGCCAGAUUAAUGCCAAGGGCAGCGAGGGCCACCUGAGGCCUCUUGCCCAGGACCUAGCCAGGCGGGCGUGUUGCACGCUCACUGGUACGUGUGCAAGUCUGCUUUCGUUACUUUAGUCUCUUACAGUUAGGGGCGAAGGAUCUCAGGCAGCCCUUUCCAGGACUUGAAAACUCGUUUUUUUUGUUUUUUAGAUUUUUUAUUUAGGGGCGCCUGGCUGGCUCAGUGGGUUAAAGCCUCUGCCUUCAGCUCAGGUGAUGAUCCCAGGGUCCUGGGAUCGAGCCCUGUGUCGGGCUCUCUGCCCUGUGGGGAGCCUGCUUCCUCCUCUCUCUCUGCCUACUUGUGAUCUGUGUCAAGUACAUACUUGGCAGAGGAAGAGAGUACAGGCAGACGGAAUAGCAGAGCGGGGAGAAGGAGCCUCCCACUGAGCAGGGAGCCCCAUGCAGGGCCCAGGGCCCAGGGAUCAUGACCUGGGCCAAAGGCAGUUGCUUAACCAACUGAGCCCCUCAGGCGUCCCGAGUUUUAAGAGUUCUUUGUCUACUUAGAGUAACAGUCCUUUAUCAGGCAUGUCUUCUACAAAUAUUUUCUCUUUGUUCUCUUGAUACUGUCAGUUGCAAAAGUUUUAACUUCACUGGGGUCCAGCUUAACCGUGACUUUUUUUUUUUUUUUUUGUGGAUCUCGCCUUCAAUGUUGUGCCAAAAAAAUCAUGUCCCAGGGUGCCUGGGUGGCCCACUUGGUCGAGCAUCUGCCUUCGGCUCAGGUCAUGAUCCCAGGGUCCUGGGACCCAGCCCUGCAUCGGGCUCCUGGCUCAGUGGGGAGCCUGCUUCUCCCCCGUCUCUCCCCCAUGCCAUGCUGUUUCUCACUGUCUUUCUCAAAUAAAUGAAGUCUUAAAAAAAGAAUAAAAAAUCAUGUCCAAACAA